UUUACUGGUCACCGCCUGAUGAGGCUAAAAUUAGCAAUCACCUUGACCGGAAGGUGACAUUGAUGCCCGAGGCUGGACGAAGUGGGGGCUAGGUAUUCAGUAUAAAACAGCUUUCCCUGUAUCGGUCAAAGUUUAUUCACCUUUUAUCAUAACUCUCACUGAUUAGGCUCUGGGGCGAUGGCAGUAAGUCCAAUCACGUGGAAAUUCACACCCGGCAGAUGCUAACCUACACUCUCAUGACGAUCUCUUUGGCCCUUGGCUGAGCGAACAUAUACCAAACACGGGAAGUGCCGCCGCGGGCGAUGCGCAGAAGUCUCUCUACUGGAGACGUGAUCAAAUCUUCACUUCUGAAGCAUCCAGCGUAGAUGUCGAAGUCCGCAAAACAAGUUCCGGAGAACCAUCACAAGAUUUCCGACUCGGAAAAAGCAUCGCUGGUUGUAGCGACACUGGCGUACCAGAGCACGGAUGAUAGUCAAUGGAUGUUCUUCAUAUCACAAGCGCAUACUUGGAGCCGAUUGAAUAUCUCAUUCAGCCUAUUUCGCCAACUAUGCCUUAAUUUGCACAUUAUGCCCCGGUUUGCGGAGAUUCUGUCCGCUUUUGGAGUCAGAACAGCAGAUGACGACGAAUAUUUCACUACAUGCCAUUGCCAGAAGGCCUCAAUUACCCAAAAGGGCGGCAAUGGAGGUUUGAAACGUUCAGGUAAGACCCUGUGUUUUCUGUCUGCAACAACUUCUAUGCCUCUAAGACCGUUGACGUGUGUAGAUAUCUGUUACAACGUUCGCUUUGUCGAGCGCCAUGGACGAGACGGUCUUACGGAUCCAUGGUCAUUUAGGCAAGCAGCCGUAUAUCAUUCGUACAGUUACGAGCGCAGAACGUGUUCGUGGGUUUUCGUACAGCUACCAAAAUCCCUUAGAGCAAGAUUGAAAAGAGAAGGGAGACCGCUUUCUCCGCUGCUAAUACACGUACUCAUCCACCGCUACUGUGCAAGCGAGUGGAGAUGGUAUAUCAAUUACCUGAGUGAUCUUGUAUCCAAGAUGAGGAACGUCUCUUGCUUCACGCGUAUUGAUCGGGACCUAAAGGGCCUACCGCUCGACUUCCAGCAAAGUCAAAGGCUCGAAAUUCUGCGCAAUAAGAUCCGGCGUGUGCAUCUGCUACUCGGGUCCUGCAUUUCAACUACUGAAUCUCUGAUGGAUCACGCGAGGGAGUGCUAUUGCCAGGAAGGCAGCUUCGAAACGGACAGUGACCGAAACAGAGAGUUGAUACUCGAAUUGACACAGCACAUCAGCGUGCUCAAGAUGCACGCGGCGAAAGCAUUCGGCUUACUUGAGUCCACCCAGAGCCUCGAUCUUCUGACUACCAAGAUCCUCGAGUUUCGCCAGACCCACAUGGCGUACGAUCUCAAUACGUCAAUGAAAGACAUCGCUCGGACCACCUCGAACGAGAACAAGCUCAUAGUUUACAUUGCUGAUCAAACCCGGCGAGACUCCAAGACUAUGAAGACGAUCAGCAUGAUCGCGCUAGUGUAUCUUCCGGCAACUUUGGUAUCCCAUAGUCUGUGUUCAGUUCGGAGCUUGUUCAUCCCAUUUCGAAUGGCGAAGGUCGUGCAGGAAGCUAUGGGAUGAUGAUCGGAAUCUAUAUUUUGCUCACUUGCAGCCUCACUGUACUCACCAUCCUUGCCGCGAAACUU